CGUCGUUAAAUCUCCGAGCUGUUUCACAAAACCAUCGUUAUUAACGUUGCACUUAAACGCUUGUAGAUGCUUUUCUGCCCUCCCGCGUCACUUUAUACACAGAAGAUCUCCGCUAAACAUAAAAUCACAUGGUUCUCCGUCUCUCUGUGACCACGUAUAACUUCAGAACAAAGUCGACUACAAAUACGUAGUUGCCAAUAUCUUUGCAAUUGAUACAAACAGGCAACGUAUAAAAAGUUGAUUCAAAUUAAAACCGAGCCCCUGUCUUGUAAUGAUGCCUGCACGCAGCACUGUUGCUGGUGGUGUGGUAUCCAGUAACAAAGUUAAGUACUCAAGACUAGCUGGCGAUGAGGAUGGCUACAUUGACUUGCAGUUCAAGAAAAGCCCUCCCAAAGUUCCCUACAAGGCUAUUGCCCUGGCUACAUUCCUCUUCCUGAUUGGCUCCUUACUGAUUGUAAUCGGCGCCCUUCUCCUUGCAGGAUCCAUAGAAGUUUCGCACCCGGACCGUACAGUUCCAGUCCUCAUUAUUGGGAUCCUCGUCUUCCUUCCUGGAUUCUACCAUUUACGAAUCGCCUACUACGCCUCCAAGGGUUACCGCGGAUACUCCUAUGACGACAUUCCAGACUUUGACGACUGAGCCAUCAUUUUCCCUCUGAGCUGCAUGAGACUGUUUAAUUUACCUUGAGGAUCUCCCAGACUGAGAAACAGCAUCACCAAGUGGCUUAUCUUUACUCUCUUGAUUGUAUUGAAUAUCACACGUCUGCAAUUUGACUGUGGCUUUAAACGUAAGAAUAUUUAUUACUGAUAGAGUAUUAUAGAUUACGCAAGAGUAUUUAACAUGGCAAGGCCUGUUAUAUAUUUCUGUCUUGACUAUCUGUUUGUAAUGCUCUCUAAAGAUGUGUGAUUGGUUGUAAAAGAGACUAUCCAGUUUACGUUACAUAUUUAUGAUAAUAAUAAAAGAAAAUAAACAAUCCAAUGGCAUGGCAUUAUGUACAAAUGUUUUUUUUUGUAUCUUUGUUUUUGAUUAAAAUAGGAAAAAUUAUACACUUA